AAAUUCCUAAAUGAAAGGUACGGACAGCUGGAUUUACUCCACCUUCUGCUCAAAGAAGCUACACUGUGUCGGAAUAUGGAACGCCGAUAUCUGAUGUUGUAAAUCGGAAACCCUUUCUUCUUCGCCUGGAAAGAGAACGACUCAACGACCCCAGUUCGUUGGCCGACAAUUCUUCCUCUCACUCCAUACCUGCCGUUGAAAUUCAGAUAUGAAUUUAUAAUUCGACAAAACCUAUCAGAUUGAUCCUUAGAUUCAAAGCAUCUUAUUUGAUUUGUACAAUUCAACAACCCUAUACCAAGUUAGCUGAACCCACCUCCAUCAUUCCCUCAACAUAUCACCAUCUUAUGCAACAACAAUCGGAAUCAUCUCUUCAAGCUUCAAGGAUCCAAACCCAUCUGCAUCUCUUUGUAUAGCAUUCAUAGAGAGAGGGGGGGAAUCAAUUGGAGUCAGAUGAAGUUUCAGUUAUUGCAGCAGGGCCACGCCAACCGUGGCCGGAGCAAUAGCUUUAGAGGCGUAUCGCCGUUAGAUGCAUCUGCUGAUGGCGGCGGCGCUACGAAAUCUCCGGCGGCUAUUUUUUGGAUAGUCUUCCAUUGUCUAUGCUGCCUUAUUUCUCUUGUCCUUGGAUUCAGAUUCUCUCGUCUUGUUUUCUUCCUCCUCUUCUCAAAUUCGUCCACUAACAAUCUCUACACCUCGAGAUUAACUUCGCCGUUUGCCGCCGAUAUCGCCGAAUCCCUCUCUUUCACUACUUCUCUCAGAAAUAUCUCACCACCGCUGCUCAAUAAAACCGAUGCUGUUACGAGUAGUAGCAGGGUGGUGGUUGGCCGGCACGGGAUCCGGAUCCGACCGUGGCCCCACCCCAACCCGGAGGAGGUAAUGAAAGCUCACAGAAUCAUGGAAACUGUUCAGCGGGAACAGAAGGUUCAGUACGGGAUUAAAAACCCUAGACCUUUGAUUGUUGUCACUCCAACUUACGUUCGAACUUUUCAAGCUUUACAUCUAACCGGAUUGAUGCACACAUUGAUGAAUUUGCCCUACGAAGUCGUAUGGAUCGUGGUGGAAGCUGGUGGCGCCACCAAUGAAACGGCAGCGUUGCUGGCAAAAUCGAAACUUCAAAUCAAGCAUAUUGGGUUCGAGAAGAAGAUGCCCAUUUUUUGGAACGCUCGUCACAAGCUGGAAUCCGAGAUGCGAUUGCAAGCUUUAAGAGUUGUGAGAGAAGAGAAACUAGAUGGAAUUGUUAUGUUUGCCGAUGAAAGCAACAUGCAUAGUUUAGAACUCUUCGAUGAGAUCCAAAAAGUGGAAUGGAUUGGUGCUGUUUCAGUAGGGAUUCUUCUUCAUUCCAGUCAUUCUAACGAAGACCCUUUUGAGGUUCAAAAGAAUAUAAACGAACCAGACAACAACAAGAAAUCACCAUUGCCAAUCCAAGGUCCAGCUUGCAACUCAUCUGAUCAUUCAAUUGGGUGGCACACGUUUAAUUUUUCUGCAUAUGAACAAAAGAGUGCAAAUUACAUUGGUGAUAUGGCAAUCGUGUUGCCCCAAAAACUGGAAUGGUCUGGAUUUGUAAUGAACUCAAGAUUAGUCUGGGAAGAAUCUGAAUUCAAACCUGAGUGGAUCAAGGAUUUGAACGAAGUUGAUGAAAUUGAAAAUCCUCUUUCUUUGCUUAAAGACUCAUCAAUGGUGGAACCAUUAGGGAAUUGUGGGAAGAAAGUGAUGAUGUGGUGGCUUCGUGCAGAGGCUCGUGCAGAUAGCAAAUUUCCUUCUGGGUGGAUAAUUGAUCCUCCAUUAGAGGUGACAGUUGCUGCAAAGAGAACACCAUGGCCUGAUGUAACUCUUGAAAUUGCAUCCAACAGUGAGAAAGUGAUGAUGACUGGCAAUGGCAUUCAAGAAAACUCUCAGAAGAAUCCUACAAAAACUCGAACACCAAAAUCAAGACGAAGUUCACGAGGGAAGAGAAAACAUGAAGCUAAAAACACAAAUGUCCAUGAAAGAAGUGAGAAGUAGCUAAGCCUCUUGAUUUGAUGCAGAAUAUGCAUGGCAACUAUUCGAGAUAACAUGAAUUCAAGAUUCCAGAGUGAAUUCAACUAUUCUUUUUUUAAAGUUUACGAUUUGAUUCAAUAUAAUUCAAUUGGUUGUAUUAGUUUUGGUUUUGGUGUUUGGUAAAGGAAGCUUGUUAUAGUCUUUUUGCUUAUUCUGAGGAACUUAAAAGUUAAAAGAUUUGUAUCCAUAGAUCGCAGUUGGAAAAGUUUCAAGUGGUUAUAGUUGAAAGAUUAGAAAAUA